GAUUUCAUAGCAGUCUGCAGUGAGCAACUGAAACAGAAACAUGUUUUUGACAACGGUGUCACUUCUUGCUCUCCUAUCCAUCUCCAAUGCUGGGGUGCUGCCCAAGUAUGAUCCAAGAAUCGUGAACGGGGAGGAUGCUUUGCCAGGGGAAAUCCCUUUUCAGGUGUCCCUUCAAAACAAAGGCAGCGCGUUCCACUUUUGCGGUGGCUCCGUUCUCAGUCAAAAUUAUGUCAUCACUGCAGCUCACUGUGUCAGCGGGAAAUCGGCGAGCUCCAUCCAAGUUGUUGCUGGCACGAUAGAUCUGUCGAAGCCGGAUUCUCAACGUAACGUUGUGAAAGUGAUCGUUCAUGAGAAAUACGACUCUAGCGACUCGUGGAUAAAUGACAUCGCGUUGUUGAAGGUCGACAAACCCUUCGUGAAAUCGAAGAAUGUUGAUUUCGUCCGCCUUCCGUCACCAGACGUGGUCAUUGCCCCCAAUCAAAUCGCGAGGGUUUCUGGAUGGGGCAGACUUUGGCAAGGUGGUCCCACGACUAUUUACCUACAACGUGUAAACAUCUUGGUUGCCAGCCAAGACUAUUGCAAGCUAAUGUACAACAAACGUCAUUACAACAUCUACGAUUCGCACAUUUGCGCUUACGACCCAAGCGUUGAGAAGGGAUCUUGCCAUGGUGAUUCUGGUGGCCCCUUGACCGUCAACGGAACACUCACUGGUCUGGUUUCUUGGGCAAUGGGCUGCGCCCUCACUGAUUACCCCACAGUCUACACCCGUGUGGCGUCUCAUCUUGAUUGGAUAAAAGCAAACUCCAAGUAGACCCGGCAAAUGAAACACAGACCGCGAGUAGACGAAGUGAAAAACGCGAACGCAAGGCUUGAACAUUUCUAACAACCGAAAUGAGAGUUCAUCGCGACGCUGUGACGUUUUGUGAAAUGAAAGUAUAAGAAUUUAUGGCAAUAAAUGAAAAGAUAUUAUUUGAAUUAUAAAUACUUGUUUAUUUUGAUACGCGAGGAAGGCACGUCGCUACGCAAUCGAUAAAACAAACAUCGACAAGACGCUGAGGAAAAAAACGUAUCAGAGUUUUGUCACAGACAUACACUCGUUUCUCCUAAUAAUCCAA